AUGGCGCACGACGACGCAACAGCGAUGGACAACCAGGCUCGUCGGCCCAAGAAGCUGAUCUUUGCACCAGGCGACAUCGACCCAACGCACGACCUCAAAGUCGGCGGAACGGAAACAACUGAACUCUCGGCUCCAGAAUCGCAAGCCUACCAGAUGCAGCACCAGCAUGCGAUUCCAUCCCACCUCACGCCCGCCGCCGCCGCGGAGUCCCUCCGCUCUGAGACCUCAACGCCCAACUCGGCCACCGAGCAACGAAUACUCGAGCACCCCGCUCGAGCACACCAAUUCGUAACCAACCCGCCCUUAACCGUCUCUCAGAUGCACGGCACGAACCCCUUGCACCAAUUCCACUCCUGGUUCCGCGAUCCGCGGCUGCAUUCCACCUCUGCGCCGGAAACGUGCACGCUCGCAACGGCGGCUAUGCCCUCUGGCCGGGUCAGUGCGCGGGUGGUCUAUCUCAAGGAAUUGGAUGAGCGCGGCUGGGUCGUUUAUAGUAAUUGGGGGAGUCGUGAGGGGAAGGGCGGGCAGGUGUUUGGGAAGCUUGCCGAUGGUGGGGGAGGGGAUGUGUUGGGAGCUAUGCCGGAACCUGGGCAGGAGGAUGGUUCAUCCAAGGCACCGGCUGCGGAGAUGGGCAACAAAUGGGCCGCGCUGACAUUCAGCUGGGCGAGUACGGAGCGCCAGGUCCGUGUGGAGGGACUCCUCGAACCGCUCAGCCGCUCUGAGAGCGAAAUGUACUGGCGCACGCGCGAACGAGGCAGCCAGAUCGGCGCAUGGGCAAGCUGGCAGAGCCGCGAGCUGUGGUCUGCAGACCCAGAAAAGCUGGCAGAGCGUCAGCGGCGCAAGAGCGUGGCGCGCUUGCAGGCUUCCGCGGAGGCGGGGUCGCCCUGCGUUGAUAUCCCGGCUGAUAUUGACGAGACAGAUAUUGAAGAUGGGAGGACGUUGCUGGAGCAGAGGGUGAAGGAGAUGGAGGAGCGGUUUGCUGGUGAGCUGGAUGUGCCGCUGCCGCCGUUUUGGGGUGGGGUGCGGCUUGUCCCUGAGUCUGUGGAGUUCUGGCAGGGUCGUCGUAGUCGAUUGCAUGAUCGGUUUCGAGGUUGUCGCCUUGAAUCGGGGGAGUUGGUUAGAAGAGAUGUGGAGGCGGCCUCAUAUCCCCCAAAGCCUGCCAUUCCUCCCCAUCUAGACAUCCAACAUCCACAAAAUGUCUCCUCCGCCUGCCCAUCCCACCACCACCACCACCGUCCGCUCCCCCUGGAUCCUCCUCGCAAUCGCCAGCGGCGCCUUUGCCGCGCUGAACGGGCUCUUCGCCAAACUGUACGCAAUCCAGGCUACGACCAAAGUGCAACCAAAACAGCUAACCAUAAUUCCACUGCCAGAACAACAGAUACCCACACUACCGCCUUCGCGCAAGCAGUCGCGCAUCUCUUCGGCGCGGAGGAGUCCCCAUUUCUGGAGCUGGUCGUGAGGGGGAUCUGCCUCGCCCUCAACGUCCUCUGCAACAUCAUUAUGUGGGCGCUCUUCACCCGCGCCCUAACUGCUGGCCCUUCAACGACGAAAGUGUCCAUCACGAAUACCUCGUCGAAUUUCCUUGCUACCGCCAUGCUGGGCAUGUUGGUGUUUCGGGAGGCUGUGGGCGGGUUGUGGUGGCUGGGAGCUGCGAUGAUGGGCGCUGGGUGUAUUCUGGUUGGGAUGCGGGAGGAAAGCGGUUGA